AUUAUUGUAGGGACCUCGGUAUGAUCCGGGAAGUGCCGAAAACCGGGUAUCGUGAUUUCCUUGUCAAAAUGGCGACCUCCACUUUUUAAUUUACCGAAGGUAGUGUUGUUUACGAUUAUUUUUGCUAAAGUUAGUUUUUUUUAAUAAAUUCUACUUCUGCCCUAAACUUAAAGCAGGCAUGUUUCUUGUUCAUUUGACACUUUCACUUUCCUUUUAGAAAAAAUUUGAUGGUUUGACUUUGAAAAUUAAUGGUAAAUAAUAGCUAAUUUGACUUAUUCAUAUUUUUUGUGUGGAAAAUAUAAGUUUAAAAAAAGAAAAUACCAAUAUUAGAUGAAGGCAUAAUUAACAACAUAUCCAAAAUUCGUGAGGUUAGGACCAGUGCAUGGGUGAGAAAUUUUUGUCACAUGUGUCCCAAAAUUACCUAUUAUGGAUAAUGAACGUUUUUGUAGUAAGUAGCUUGAUUUACACUGGAAAUCCAGCAUAUUACCCACUAAUAAUAUUUUAAAACAAAGCAACAAUUUAAUGCUCUAAUUACUUUAAUCUGAUGCUUUUAUUUUGAGUGGGGAAGUGGGAUAAAUAGCCCUGGCCCUAUCCUUAUUUUAUGAUAACUAAUAGAAUAAAUAAUUAAAUAUAUAUAUUUAUAUAUAUUUAUAUAUAUCCAUCCAUCCUAUAAGCCUAGUAUAGUAUAGCCUAUAGGUCUAGUACAAUCCCAACUUAUUAUUGCAAGACCUAUUAAUAAACAAUUAUCUAUUAUAGUUAAUGAUAUUUUAGGCCAUGUAAUCAUAUUUUAUUAUUUAAUGCAAAUCAUGAUUCUUAAAUUUUAAAAUAAAAAUGUUUAAAAAAAAAAUUCACUUACCUUUGAUAUUGAAAUAUCCUGAAUUCACUCACAAAUCACAAUAUUCCACAAGAAACUUAUAUAAUCCUCAGUAUUCUUACUUAAAGAAAUAACACACUUUCUGAUACAGUAAUCCAAGAAUUUCUUAAGCUUUUACUAAAGAACAAUCAUAAAAGCUUGUACUUACCUCAAGCAAAUGACUUAGAACUUAUUUUAAUUUCUAUCAACAGCCAAAGUUAAUACAUGUUGAUUUGUGAAACAAAAUUACUAAUUUUUUGGUCAUAUUCAAAUGGGACUAAAAUACAUACAUAGAAAAUGGUAAAAUAAAAAGUAUAAUCGUCAAUUUUAUGUAAAUGAAUCAAAUAAUCCCUGUAUUAUUUGUUUAUACUGAUAAAAGUUAAACAAUUCCACAGAAAAUUUGAAAUUAAUAUCUAAAGAAUAUUAUUAUUAUUAUUAAAUUAGGGAAAUUUUAAACAUUUAUAUUUAAAAAAUAUUAAUUAAUUAAAUACAAGUAAGUGACGAGUCAGCAUAUUUUAUUCAUUUUCAUAAGGAAAAUUAUCAAGAUUAAAAAUAUUUUUUUGCGGAAUAUUAACAAAAACUAAAAUUGUAUUUUGUGGCUUUAUUUAGAAGAACUCAUAUUUAACUGUGUUCCCUCAAAAUAUCAUAUUUUUGUCUCAUUUUAUAACAAAGUUAUAGGCAUACAAACAAUAGCAAUAUGAGGGUGACGAAAUGUGGAGGAAAAUCCCAUAGUGAAAAAGGGGUUUUGAGGUCCUUACUAAAAAAUUUAUAACUUAAAAUGCCCAUGCAAGUGUAGUGUAACUAAAAUUUUUUGUACCAGUUAUUUUGAUGACUGAAACUGUUAUCACAUCAAUAAAAAUAAUUCAAUAAUGAAUAAUGUUGUGUUUUCAAAAGUAAACUCACUAUAAAUUGGGUAUGUAACAUGUAUUUAUAAUAUCUUAUUUAUUAUACUAAUUAUUAGUCUGGUAAAUUUACUAAUCCCAGACAUCAAGAAAGCGUCCAUGUAAAAAAAAGUAGUGCAAACACAAAUCUGCUAAAAUGAGGAGGGGAAAGAGAGGUAGUGCUGUUUUACAGUGUUUUAGCUAAUCACAGAGAGAAAUGAAAAUAGGAAGAAAAGCAAUAAUAUUUAAUUAAAUACUUAUUGGUGCAUAACCCCUGCGUAUAACACGCACCUCAAUUUAAGAAGGAAAUUUCAGAAAAAAAACUAAACAUUAUAUCAGCGUAUAACACGCACUCAUCAUUUGCCCCCCAUUUUCAGGGAUAAAAAGUGUGUGUUACAUGCCAAUAAAUACUGUAAUUUCUGCCACUACAUUAAUUUCACAUUAGUAUUAGUUUAUUUUAUCCCUCUGGACUCUAGAUAUGCGCAAGAAGUGUCAACAACAUGGGGUUGCCUCCUUCCCUUAACUAAAACAUGUGUGCUCAGUUACACACUGUGGUAAGAAAAGUGCACAAAUUAAGAAAAACAAACAAAUAAUUUUUUAAAAUAGGUGAUGAAAAUCCAAUUGACACUUUCAUAGAUACACUUUUACAUACUUUAUUGCAGGUUCCACCAGAAAGAAAAUCCAAAAGUUGUCAGAAAAUCAAUACAAUACUAUACCCAUUUUCCGAAAUUCCUGAUAAUUUAAAUAUCAUAAUUAAUCACGCAAUGAAAUUAUAAUUUAAUAAUUCCAUCGGUGUACUAAUAUUUUUAAAAAAAAAGAAAUGUUAACUUUAGUAACAAGCCAAGAAUAAAUAACAGAAACUCAAAGUGACGCAGAUUGUGUAAAUUGACUUUUAGUCCUAAUAAAAUAGUAUGCCUAUUAAGCAGAGGAGGAGGAGUGCUUGUUGCAGUCCAUCAUAACUUGGACUGCCACGCUGUUCCAGAACUCGAUGUUGACGACUGCGAGAUCCUGUGGGUAAAAUUGAAACUAAAGGGUAGACGCACACUUUACGUUUGUGCCUAUUACCGACCAAACACAGCAGAUGAACCAAGCCUGAGGAGGUUCGAGGUAUCGCUUCACAGAGCAACACAGUCAAAAAACGCUUUUCUCCUUAUAGGGGGGGAUUUUAACUUUCCUGGUUGGAAUUGGCAGAUUCCUGCCUUGAAGCCCAAGUCCCCAUACCCUGUUCUACACUCAGAAUUCAUGGAGAUAAUUAACAACCAUGGUCUGGAACAGCUGGUUAAAGAACCAACGAGGGGGGAAAACACUCUUGACCUACUCCUCACCAAUUGUCCACAUCGUGUCCAAAAAGUUGAGGUCAUCCCCGGGAUUUCGGACCACAACAUUCCUUAUUGUGAAUUUCAGGUCAACACACUAAAAAUGAAACAAAUCAUUCGAGAAAUCCCAAUUUAUGCCAAGGCAGACUGGGAUGGCCUAAGGAUUGCAACCACAGAGCUAAGCUCAAACAUGAAGGUGAUUCAAGGUACAGCGACAACAGACGAGCUGUGGGUGAAGUUCAAGACUACAAUCACUGAUGCAGUGAAGAAAUUUAUACCACACCAAAUCACCAAACCUAGGAUAAAUCAGCCAUGGGUCACGGCUGAAAUCCGUAGGCUCAUCCACAGGAGAGACCGCCAAUACAAACGCAUGAAGAAAAAUGGCUCGAUGGAACUGAGAGAGGAGGUACUGAGACUCCGCCGAACCAUUCAACGCUUAUUGCGUAGAUCGUAUUGGAACUACAUGAACGGCAUCUUCUCAGAGGAAGACACCCCGACCAAAGAUGUCAAGAACAAGCGCUUCUGGAGCUAUGUGAAACACCAAAAGUCCUCAAACGCUGGAGUUUCCCCCUUGAGGUGGGAUGGCCAAUUGACAUCUGACCCAAAAGCACAGGCGGAGAUACUCAAUCAGCAGUUCCAGUCGGUCUUUGGUGACGGUAGAGAGUACUCUGAGACUGAGUUCCUUCUGAAGACCAAAAUGAUGAACAGAGCCUACCCUAUCAUGGGAGAUAUCCAGAUAUCAGAACAAGGUGUGUUUGCCCUCCUCAAUACCAUUAACCCUUACAAAGCAUGUGGUCCUGACAACAUUAAACCACGAGUGCUCAAAGAAUUAGCCAAAGAAAUCGCUCCUGCACUGACAAUCCUCUUCCAAUCGUCACUAUGCACAGGAAAUGUUCCAGCAGACUGGAGAACAGCGCAUGUCACUCCAAUUUACAAGAAAGGGGAGCAUUCCGACCCUGCCAACUAUCGUCCGAUAUCCCUCACUAGCGUCGUCUGCAAACUGUUGGAGCACAUAAUCGUAAGCUCUGUCAUGAAGCAUCUUGAAAGCCAAAAUAUACUCAAUGACUGUCAACAUGGCUUCCGAGUCAAUAGGUCAUGUGAGACCCAGCUUCUCGAAUUUGUAGAAGACUUGAUGACCAAUCUGGAGAACCACAAGCAGACUGACGUGCUAGUAAUGGACUUCGCAAAAGCAUUUGACCGGGUGAAUCAUAGUUUGCUUCUACACAAACUCCAGAUAUAUGGGAUUCAAGGCACCACUAAAACAUGGAUCUCUAGCUUCCUCAGCCACCGACGCCAAGCAGUAGUGGUGGGCGGUACAAGCUCCUCCUUUGUCAAUGUGAAGUCAGGGGUCCCCCAGGGAUCAGUCCUGGGCCCCUGUUUGUUCCUAGCAUACAUUAAUGACCUACCGGAGAAACUGACAUCACAGGCAAGACUGUUUGCAGAUGACACAGCAGUGUAUAGGACGAUCGCCAACAGAUCUGACCAGGACCAGCUACAACAGGAUCUCAAUCUGUUAGCUGAGUGGGAGAUGAGCUGGGACAUGGAAUUUCACCCUGCCAAGUGCCAGACACUAUCAAUCUCUAGAAGUUGUACUCCUCUACACUACCAAUACAAACUGCACGGCCAUAUUCUUGAGCAAGUUUCCUCCGUAAAGUACCUGGGUGUUACCAUUCAAAGAGAGGUCCGCUGGGACGAGCAUAUUAACAAUGUAUGUAACCAAGCAAACCAAGCCUUGGGGUUCUUAAGGCGAAAUCUAAAGAUUGGCAACUCCUGUGUGAAAGAAAGAGCAUAUAAAGCCUUUAUCCGUCCGAUUUUAGAUUAUGCAUCUUCAGUCUGGGACCCAUUUACCCAGAAGAGCAUUGACAGGUUGGAGGCGGUCCAGCGACGAGCAGCACGCUUUGUCCUAAACCGCUACAGGAAUACCUCUAGUGUUGGCAGCAUGCUAGAAACACUAGGCUGGUCACCAUUGGAGAAACGACGACGACAAUCCAGGCUCUCCAUGAUGUACAAGAUAAAUAAUGGGCUGGUCCACUGUUCCAGUAUUAAACAGAAACUCGUCCCUCUCCCCCAUAGACAGCGACGAGGCCAUGACAGGCAAUUCAGGCUCAUACCAGCAAGAAGCCAGUAUAGGAGCUGCUCAUUCCUGCCCAAGACAAUAAGGGACUGGAACCAUCUUUCAAAAGGAACAGUUGAGGCGACAACACUAGACACAUUUGUGUCUAUUGCCUCAAGCCUUCAAACCCCUAGUGCAUAAUUUCCUCAUCACCACCAGUAACAGAAACAUUGCAAAUCCCAUCUACAUGCAUAGGAGCCAAAAUGAUCAAUAAAUUGAUCGUGGGCCCUUAAGAUAUAGAAGAAAAGAAGAGCUGCAAUAUCUAGUCCACUGUAUAUUUCCCAUGUGUGUGACAUAUUUUGUUACACUAAGCCAGUGGUUUCUAAAGUCUUGGUGUUUUGGCCAAAUUUAUUUCUUCACCCGGUGCCCAGUGUUAAAUUCUAACAAAUACUGUAUUACUAUUUCUAAAUAGCAGAUAAAUUAAAGAAAAUAAAGUAAAGGGUUGGGUAAAAAUAUUUACCAUAUUUAUGCCACUACCAAUUGUUGUCUAGUACGGUACUCAAAACAGUUACUGCUACUCAAAUGAGUUACUGUUGUCACAUGUAAUAUUUUCACGAUACCCCUAUGAGGAAGCUGGGGCAACCUAGAGCAGGGCCGUGGGAAAGCGGCGUCCAGGGUGAAUCCUGAUAAUGCUACCCCUCAACAUGCAGAAGAAAUUGCCACCUAUAAAUAAGAGAUUUUUUAGGGGUUAGGCCGUAAGCUGUUUACUUACGCAUAGGGGUGUCCAAAAAAGUAUGAAGUGGAGGAGAAGAUAGAAUAUUUGCCUUUUUUCUUUCCAUUAAUUACAUUAAAUGGCAAGACAAAGUCCCCAACCAUCGACAUCUCAAACUGGGAGGAGUUGGCAGAGGAUCGAUCCUCAUGGCGGGGCAUCGUGAAGGCAGGAUCACUACAUGCCGAGGAUCAAAACAGGGCGGAAACAGCUGCAAAAAGAGCGAGGAGGAAGGCCGGUAAAUACUGCUCCACCGCAUUCGUGUGUGGGAAAUGUAACAGAGACUGUCAUUCGAGGAUUGGUCUCACCAGCCACACCAAGAGAUGCAAGCAAUAAAGAUAAUCUAUCGUCUCCCGCAGACGGAAAGAUGCCAUACAUACAAUUAAUGUGGAUGACCUACCCACAUAUAUAAACUCUGUAAAUAUUAAUGGUUACCAUAUUUCUUACUUCGAUUUUUUAAAUAAUUUAUAUCACUGUUUGACAGUUCGGUACUUGUCUUUUUUAUCGAUGAAUCCAUUGCUAUGUACUGUGUCAGUAGCAGAUGCUAUGCAUAGCUACUACUACUAUUUCCGGUCCAACUCACCAAUGGCAUUGAGGCUUACAGAUGUUGAAAUAUAUAUUAAUAGUAUGAAUAAUAAUAAAAUAGGCUUAAAUUAGCCUUGCCUAAUGUUAUGUUGUUUGAAUUAUAUUAUAGUUAAAGACAAAAAACCCACAAACACUUGAGAUAGUACUGGGGUUGUGGUCUUAAACUUAAAGCUAGUGUCAAUGCUAUCAGAUAUUUUUGAGAAUGGAAUAUCUACGGUUCGGAGGACACCUAAUUGACUAAUCCUCCAUUCAGGCCAUAAGCAUAAGUCACAGAUACUUACUUAAUCUAUAAAUAUUAAUAUAUAAAUAAACAUAGUGGAGUUUGGGAUACAAGUUAGACCUUAAGUUCAAGGGUCUUUUGCAUGGGGAUAUUGGCAUCAUUUUGAGUAAAUGAUAUUUAGGGGAUCAUAUUUUUUAUGACUGCAGUUUUUGUGCUUCAUACUUCAUGUUGGAUAUUUUGUAACUAGUACUCUACCGGUAACGGUAUAUUAAAUGUCAUAUUCAGUUUGUCAUACCCUUAAUUUUCCCUAAUUUGGGAAAUUGGUGAUUAAAAUUAAGUAGGGAUGGAAUAUCAUGUAUCAUCCUUUAUUUAAUGUAAUUGCAGUAACAUCAAAAUAUAAUUAUAAUUUAAAAAAUUAGUUUUUUUUAGGGAUAACAAUAAAAUAUGAUACAAAUGUACAUGUUAUUAAUUGUUAUAUACAGUAUCAAAAAAUAUUUUUCUUCAUAUUUCAGUUUUUAAUAAAACGGAGAAGAGUAAUGGCAUCACAUAUGGGUCACAAGAGAUCUAGUAGUCCAAAAGAUUUAGAGGAAGAAGAUCCAGUUGAUGCAAUGAUCAAUAAAACUGGUUGCCUCAAACUACAUUAUGCCGUCCAAGAAUGCAUUGGAGAAAAACGUGACUGGAGACUGUGCCAAAAUGAAGUGACAGAAUUUAGAAAAUGUAUGGAAGGUGGAAUGAAAAAGUCACAGAAAUAAUAAAUGAAAAGGAGUAUCAUCCAGGUAACUCAAAAACUCUUUCCAGAACAGUUUCUAAAUUCCUAAGGUAACAGAACAUCAGUAAACCACAAUAUUUUUUUUUAUUAAGUGACACAGCUCUGCUCCAACUCAGCCAAAAUUUUUGAAAUUGUAAAUGGAGAAUUAUUAUUAAAGUUAAUUUAACGAAACUAAUCUCAGCCAUGCUUUGAGUAUUAAAUGGCAGAAGUCAGGUGCUGGUGUAAUACUGUACUGUUUUGGUUAAAAUUUAAUGCAGUUCUCCCCAUUUAAUAGUUAAUGCAGUCCUCCCCAUAUUACACUUGUUGCUUUUGUGAGAUGGUUAUAACCACUUCCAUUUGACAUCUGCUUCUGAGCCAUCAGUUUAGUUUUCUAUAAUUUAUUUUAAAUACCGUACCAGGAUUGUUAAAAGAUCGUCACAUAAUUUGUCUGAAAUUGAAACUGUGAUAGAUGAGAUCUACUGUAUACAUUUGAUACAUUUUAAAAAUAAAGAAUUACAGUUUGAAUAAAAGUCCCAUUUGACCUUAAUUUCUUGCAUGUCAUCAAAAUAUUGUACUUACAACUUAA